AUGAAAAUAUUAAGCUUCAUAACAAUAACAAUAUAUACAAUAAUUUUAGGAAAUAAUUUAAGUACUUCCUUUUUUAUUAAAAAUAAUUUUUCGAAUAAAAAAGACUAUUAUAAUCGUGUGUAUGUAUCUCGUCCAGCUCAAAAAAAAAGCAAUCAAUUAAAAUCAAAAAUUAUAAUAAAUAAAAGAAAAAAAGAAGAAAAUGAAAGAAAUAAAUCGUAUAAAAAUGAUUAUAAAUCAUCGUCGAAAUACAAAUCAAUAGAAGAGUUAAUUAAUGAAUAUCCUUAUAAAUUACCAGAUUAUGAUAUUCAAAGAGAACCAUAUAUAAUUUUAAAAGAUAAAAUUAAAUCAGAAUUUUUAAAGGGAUAUGAAUUACCUUUUGGUUUAAUUGAUCCAGUUAAGUAUGAAUUAUUAAAAUUAAUUGGAAAGAUAUGUGAUCCGUUUAAACCGUUAUGUUGUUAUUCAUUAACACCUAGAUUAUUCAUCGACAAAUUGUUUACCAAUAAAUAUGAAAUAUCAUAUGAUGAUUUCUGUUAUAAUAUAGAAUACAAAAUGAGAUUUUAUAUGCCAUCUUACACAGAAAUAUUUAUGUAUGAAAAAGAAUUGUUGUGGAAAGAAUGGAUGGCUAUAAGGAAUUUAAAAGAAGUAUCACCUGUAACACCCUUAGAUGAUCAUGAAAGAAUUACAAAAAUUUUAGAAAAUGAUGAAACGACUUUACCUAAUGCUAUACGAAAAGUAAAUAAAGAAAUAAAUAAUCAAGGUAUUCAUCCUUCUAUAUUAAAAAUGUUUUUUGAUUUUCUAAAUAUAGAAAAAUGUGAUAAUAAAUUGAAAAGAGAUAAUGCAUUUUUAAAAUUAGAAACAAUUAAAAAUCAAAUUAAAAAUAGAGAUUUCAUGGAAGGAAUCAGACCUGAUUACUUAUAUAUUAUGUUUAAUAAAAAGGCGAAUGAUUAUUAUUCUAACUUUAAUGAAAAAGAAUAUGAAAAAACUUUUUUAGAGUCUGUCAACUAUAACACUAUGAGGCAAAAGAUUAUUAGUGAAAAUUCUCUUUACAAAAAACAAAGAAAAGAGUUUUCUGAAAAAACUAAAAAAUCACUUAUGAAAUUUUAUGACAUAGAAUUACCAUCUUUUUUUAAAGAAUAUAUAAAAAAGAAAGAAGAAAAUUACAAAGUUAUUCAAUCUAAAAUUAAAACAAUGAUAGAAAAUAAAUAUCUUAAAAGAAAAAAAAAAAGAGAAGAUAGGCUUUCAGGAAAAAUUGUUUUGGAGGAAAAAAUAGAGGAAAAUACAGAAGAAAAGAAAAAAAAAAAAAAGAAAAAAAAAACUAAAUUAUAA